UACGCUUCAUAAGGCAUCAGGGUUGUGCUUAUAAGGCAAGGUGUACGUGUGUUCGUAGGGUUGUGUUAUAAACGUUUGCACUUAUACUGUGUUUUUUUAAAAAAAAAAUUGUUGGCAAAACUAAAAUGACUUAACGGACUAAGGCUGAGUUUAGUUCCAAACUUUUUUUUUCAAACUUUCAACUUUUUUAUCACAUCAAAAUUUUUUUACACACAUAAAGUUCCAACUUUUUCGUUACAUUAUUUCAAUUUCAACCAAAUUUCUAAUUUUAGCGCGAAGACCCACCUUAUAGUAACCACCCAGAAAUCAAAAUCGAAUGAGAAACACGGCAACACGCGACAAGAGUGGGACACGUCCAUACGGACGGUAGGCCGGUUCUGAAUUUCUGAUUUCUGCACUACUCCGUGUUCUUUCCAAAGUCCCCUAAGAUUGUGUUUGAGGGAGAGGGGAUUGAGAAGAUUCGGAAAACGAGGUGAGCCAUUAGCGCAUGAUUAAUUGAGUAUUAACUAUUUAAAACUUUAAAAAUGAAUUAAUAUGAUUUUUUAAAGCAACUUUCAUAUAACUUUUUUUAAAAAAAACACACCAUUUAGUAGUUUGGGAAGCGUGCACGUGGAAAACUAAACAAAGAAACUCCCUUUUUCUCCGAACGAACGCAGCCUAACUAAAGUAACCUGAAGUCCUGAACUCUCCUUGGCCUCUCUUGCCGUCUUCCUCCGCGCGACCGCGCCGCAUCGCAUCGCUAGCCAUGUACGGCGGGUUCGGCAGAGGGGGGCAAGGGUGGAGCCCGUUCGACGCGAUCCGCGGCUUCCCGUCGACGCCCGAGGCCCUCAUGUCCCAGAUCGACGCCGCCAUCGCCGCCACCGAGUACGCCCGCUCCUGCGCGCAACUCGACCCCGCCACCGCCUCCUCGGAGCCGCAGCAGGCGGCACCGCCGCCCGGGGGCGAGGCGCGUGUGGAAGGGGAGGCCUCCGCCGCCGCCGCCUGCUACGACGCGAAGGUCGCGGACGAGGCGUACCGCGCGGCGUGCGCGGCGCUCGGGGCCGGGAGGGCGGACGCGGCCGUGCGGUCGCUGCGGGUGGCGCUGGCGAGCUGCCCGCCGGAGAAGGCGGCUGCCGUGGCGAAGGUGCGGUCCAUGCUGGCCAUCGCGUCCGCGCAGCUGCACAAGCAGCAGCAUCAGGCGCAGCAGCAGCUGCAACGCGGCGUCAGGAAGUGAGAAGCAUCACCGGCGUCAUUGCAGGAUUAGCCCUUUCCGUUCGGAUUAACCUUGAUUGAGUUUGUGAUUAUUAAUCAGCUACAUCUAGUGGCGUUUAAUUAGUGUUGAAAAUUUGUUACUAGAAGCACCAUGAUUUGUGGCAUUUAUCAUAUUCACUAUCACAAGAUGUCAGAUGAUCGUCUAUUCUUGGUUCUUGGCUUCUUGCUGCCUUUCGGUUACAUACUUCGACUCUUCAUCAAGAGUGACCAAUGGCAGAUUGUAGCUUUGUAAGAUGAAACUUGACACAGCAGAGUGAUUUAACGCAGGUAAUGCGCGAAUUGUGCGAUUCGUGCCUACGUGCACCCAAUCA